UAGAGCCACUCUUGAAGCUUAGGUCAGACGUUAAUUCAGCUGUUUCCGAACAGUUUAUAAACGUUAUAAGCGUAUAACUUUAAACUUAAACUUUUUGGUUUUAUUUAAAUUUAAAAAAAUGUUUUUUAAAUUAAUAUUUAUUUCGAUUUUUAUAACAUAUACUACCGGGCAGGGCACUAAGACAAACUACCAAUAUAAUGAAAACGACCAUGUUAAGCCUAUUUCAGAGCCAGCGCUUUAUAACAGAGAUGACGCAAAGUUGAAUUGGUAUGGAGGAGGCAAUAGUGUUUAUUUUACGAAUGGGCUGCCAGUAAAUUUCGACUCAAGAAAAAAAUGGACAAAUUGCCCAUCGAUCGGUCAUAUAUAUAAUCAAGGAAACUGCCGUUCAAGUUAUGCCAUAGCGGUAGCGUCUGCAGUAACCGAUAGAAUUUGUAUUCAUUCAAACGAAACAAAAAAUCCUAUAAUGUCUGCACAGCAGAUUAUUUCUUGCUGCUAUUUGUGUGGAUAUGGAUGUGAUGGUGGGUCACAAUUCGAGUCUUGGGACUUUUACAGGAGACAUGGGUUUGUGUCAGGUGGAGAUUACAAUUCCAAUCAGGGUUGUCAGCCAUAUAAGAUUCCACCAUGUAAACUAAUUAAUGAAAAACCACCUGGACACAGUUGUACAACAUAUCACAGAGAGGAAACACCGACAUGUGAAAUAAAGUGUUAUAACCCAAAUUAUUACACUUCAUUCAGAACUGAUAUUUAUAAAGGUAAAUAUUAUCGAGUGUACCCUUAUAUGGCUAUGAAAGAAAUCUUUGAUAACGGUCCGAUAACAACCCAGUUCUACAUGUAUAGAGAUUUGAUUGAUUACAAAUCGGGAGUAUAUCAGUACGACGAGCAAUCAGACGUACCUUUCUUCACCGUACAAACCGUGAAGAUUUUCGGCUGGGGUGAAGAAAACGGUGUCCCGUAUUGGUUAGUAGCUAAUUCGUUUGGUUCAGAUUGGGGAGAUAACGGAACGUUUAAAAUUUCAAGAGGUAACGACGGCUGCUUUUUCCAAGAAAAAAUGUUCGCGGGACUACCAUUUAUAUCUGGUUGUCAGUGCAAUGCAAAAUUUAAACUUCAACAAAUCGUUGAACACGUAAACCGUGCUAACGUACCAUGGGAAGCCGGAAUAAAUCAUCUCAGUACGUCUGACUACAAAAACAUAGUUGGAACUUGGGGCAAUCAAAAAAAUGGUAAAAUGAUCGAUAUUAUCGGUCAUAAGGACGAUGAAGACGAUGCGAAUGGAUCGAAUGAUAUUCCAGAAAAUUUUGACGCCCGUAUUAAUUGGUUUGAAUGCGUUUCUAUUUCACACAUAUGGAACCAGGGAAACUGUGCUGCUGACUGGGCGAUUUCUGUCACUUCAGCUAUUAACGACCGCAUAUGUAUUAAGUCAAAGAAAAAUAUAACGGCAUUUUAUUCUCCGCAAAAAGUUUUAUCUUGUUGUGAUGAUUGUGGUGACGGGUGCAAUGGUGGUUAUUCUGGAGCAGCAUGGAAUUAUUGGACAAAAAGAGGAGUGGUCACAGGUGGAGAUUACGGUAGCAAUGAAGGCUGUCAACCAUGGUUGAUUCCACCAUGUAACCAUACAGUUUUGGAUGAAAGAAGUCCAUCAUAUAUGUGCGGAAAAUAUAAAUCAGAAACGCCAAAAUGCAAUUUAAAUUGCUACAACCAAAAUUAUUCAAAACCCUUCCUAAAAGACAUUACAAAGGGAAUGCGAAUUGAAUGGUAUUGUCCGGGAAUGAUCAGGAAAGAAAUGAAAAAAUAUGGGCCUGCAACUGCUAUAAUGCGUGUUUAUGAAGAUUUCUUAACAUACAAAUCAGGAGUUUAUCAACAUGUAACUGGAAAACUACUUGGUCAGAUUACGGUAAAGGUCAUCGGAUGGGGUGUACAGGGAGGUGUUCAAUAUUGGUUAGCUGCCAAUUCAUGGGGUACUUCUUGGGGAGACAAAGGAUUUUUCAAAAUCCGUCGUGGUUUCAAUGAAUGUUUGUUUGAAGAUUAUUUUAUAACUGGAAAACCACUAUUAUAAUAGUCCUAGUUAAUAAAAUAAAAUAAUAUUAUACUAGAAAUAAAAAAACGACAUAUAUGAGAUUUCAAAUGUAUACCCACUUAAUAAUAAUAUGUCGUAUUUUUCAACAAGCCAUUUUGCAUUAAUUUCAAUAAAAAUAUAACUAUUAUA